CCUCUCCCUUCCUCCCCUCCCUUUCCCCCCACUCCCCACUUCCUAAGCCGGAUCAGCGUUUAGGGAGGGCAGUCAUCAUCACGCAAUCCUGAGCAGCUGGAGCUGACGUUGGACUGAGCUGCCAGGUAGCUGAAAAAAGGCAGAGAAGGCAGCUGAUACCCACUUUUCAACGUUUCUUUUUUUUUAGUCUGGGUCUGGACUUCAAGCAUCACAGCGCCCGAGCCAGCUCAUCUGAACCCUCAGUGUAUUGCAAUACCCUCUCUUCCCAAAGAAAAGAUUCCACUGAGUAGCAGAAUGCUCGCAGUGUCGCAGCCAGGGCUACAGCGCAGAGCCUUUCUGUAAAUUUGUGUGUGUGUGUGUGAUUCCUUUCUUUGAGGGCACCUUUGGUUUUUGUUACCCUGAUGUGACUUUUGCUUCGCUUUGGAAUGAUGGGGAUCUUUCUGGCUUAUGUUGGAUGCAUUUUCUUUUCCGUUUUGUAUAUUCAACAAGGACUUUCUACCCAAGCAAAAUUCACCGAGUUCCCCCGAAAUGUCACAGCCACUGAAGGGCAGAACGUGGAGAUGUCGUGCGCUUUCCAGAGCGGCUCCGCCUCGGUGUACCUCGAGAUCCAGUGGUGGUUUCUGCGAGCAGCAGAGGAGCAGGAGGCUGGAGGCGAAGUGACAGGCACUCAGGUGGAGCUCUUACCAGAGAGAGACUUGGACAAUGACGGAACAAAGAUAAGUACAGUGAAAGUACAAGGGAAUGACAUCUCCCACAAGCUGCAGAUUUCAAAAGUGAGGAAAAAGGAUGAAGGCUUGUAUGAGUGCAGAGUGACAGAUGCCAACUAUGGAGACCUUCAGGAAUACAAGGCCCAGGCAUUUCUCAAAGUCAAUGCUAACAGCCACUCUCGGCGAAUGCAGGCCUUUGAAGCAUCCCCAAUGUGGUUGCAAGAUAUGAAACCUCGCAAGAACAUCUCAGCAGCUGUUCCCAGUAGCGUCCAUAACUCUUCCAAUCAGCGAAUGCGCUCCACCGCCAGCCCUGAAGCAGCAGCUAAAAUCCCAAAACAGAGUCCACAAUCAGCAAAGAGCAAAUCGCCUGUAAAAUCCACGGAGCGGACAGCAAAGUUGACCCUAACCUCCAACCACCACUCUGCACCCAAUGUACUCUAAUUCUCUACACAUGGAGCACCUUCAGGAAGUACAAAAAAACAAAACAAACAAAUAUAUAUAUUGUUUAAACAUAUAAAUAUAUAUAUGAAGAGGAUACCACAUUUUCUUGAUCUAUAUUAUUUUCUUUGCUGUAUCACUGAUCAGUUAUUUGAAGAGAACGGGUAUGAUGUAACAGGACAUUUUGUAACAGCAAGACCUAGUUUCCUUUUCUUUCAGCAAGUAGAAGCAUCAUAUCCUUGACUGCUCAGGGGUUGGCUUGCAAGUCAUCAGUAUUAUACAAAUUCGCUAUGGAUGAUAUUUGGUUUCCUUCUUUGAAAGAACUGUGGCAGCCAUGAGGCAAAGAGUGGCCAAAAAUAAAUAAAUAAAAAAAAUAAACCAACAAAAAAUCCAAGAAAACAAAAUGACUCAGCAUCACCUCUGACAAAAAACACCUCAGAAACUUUGAUGAAAAGCCUAUUUUUUUUUUGUGGGGGUCGGGAGUGCAAAACAAAAAUACAAACAUUGCAAAGCAACUCACAGGACUAGAGGACGUUGUUUCUGAAGACAAGCAAGAAGCACUAUUGAGGGUUUUUUUUUAUUUAUUUAUUUUACUUUUUUUGAAUUUUUUCCUCUCCUUUUUUUCCUACCCCCUUCCUUUUACUCUCUUUUCUCUUGGUUUGUUUCUUGUUCAAUGGUGGCAGUUGCUGACUUAGGCCAACCCCUAUUGACUGUGUGGUGGUAAUAUAAAUACAUUUUUUUGUGUGUGUGUGUUCUAUAUUUCAAUGUGUUUUCUCUAAUUUUGCAACUCCUGUAUAUGCAAAACUAACUUCAAUUCUGUAAAUUGCUUACAGUAUGUGUGAUAUAACUUCACAGUAGACAUACCAUGGUCCUCAUGCAAGACAGUUUUUAAUAUUAUCUAUAUGUCGUGCCACCAACAGAUAUUUUUGUUUCCUUUUUUGAUGAAGCAUUAUUUUUUAAUUUGUAAUUCAGUACUGUGUGGAUUUUGUAAUACAUGCAUUCACUUCCACUGGUUUGACCCCUUGCAGAUGGCAAUGCAGCCCUCUGUUUACUCUGUAAAAUGCACAUUAAAAUUUGUUAUGGUCUCUGAA